GUCUCCGGGGCCCGGGGUUGGGGAGGGGGAUGGCGGCACGGACCGCUUAGGGCGGAGCUGCGCGGGCGAGACAGCCAGCGGGACGCUGCGGACGGGCGCUGCCAUGGACUGGUGACCGCGGCAGCCCCUGCUUGCGUCUCGCUUGCCGGGCGUCCGCUCCUCAGCGCCAUCCCUUAGCCGGGGCCAUGGGCUCGUCGGCGGCCGCGGCGGCGGCGGCAGCGGCUGCAGCGGACUCGGCACAGUGGCUCUCGGUGAAGGAGGAGACCAUCUUCCUACACGACGGGCUGAUCCGGGUCACCGACCUGGCCGAGUUGCCCAGCGAGAUCCUCGGGGCCCCGGAGGCCGCCGACACCGACCUGGAGAUUUUAACAUUUGAGACCAAGAACCCAACAGAGUUAGCAGAACGUUUGCGCUCUAUCUGUGGCAAUCAGAGCAACGCCUAUGCCCGCCUGCUGGAAUACCGCCUGAAUGCCUUGCGUGGACUGUGGAACGCCCAGCGCCAGUUGGCCUUGGAAGAGCAGCAUGAACGGGAAAGUUCGGGUGAUGAAGAGACUUUGGCCCUGCUCAAGCGUCAGGGCUUGCUCCAGCAACCUGAGCAAGCGCCCUUCACAUCACGGAUGGGGCUCCUGCUGGUCUUCCCCCUCAUCCAGUCCCAGAGUAGAACAGACCCCUCUCUCUGUAACAUAACUGCUGAGGUGCUAUUGAACUGUCUGCGUGACUGCCAGCCUUUGAGCCUGACCAAGGAACCUGCUGACUGUCUCAAUGGAAUUGAAACGUUGCUGUGCUCUUGGCUUGAGGAGACUUCUGACACAGGCCGACACAUACCACAUAAGCAAAAAGAAAAUGCUGCUGCUGCCCUGGUGGCAUUGGCCUGUGCCAGGGGGUCUUUGAAAACUUUUGUCCACACAGUCCAUCUAUUACAGAAACAGACUGAUCUAGGGUCCCUGCCUGUCGCUGAUGUACUGUAUAGGCUGUUGCUUUUGGAAGGGGGGCCUGGAUCCCCCUCUUGUUUGCUCGGGGGCAAGCACAUAGUAUCAUGGGGGUAUGAAGACAUGCUGCCUGCACCAGACAGCAAUGCUGGCUCCAGCUCUGAAAGUAAAGAUGCUGAUUUGGGACGCUGUCUCACUGCUGACGGUCUUUACCUGUACACUACUAACUCAGUUGGAAGAGGAGUAAGCAAAUUGGGGUCUGGAUUACAUGGUACUCUCAGAGGCUUUGUGUACUGCCGGAACGAGGAUCUGGAGCCGGGAUGGGUGGCUUUUGGCAGUGGCAGGCUCCUCCAUCGGCCUGUGUCUUUCGAUAACAAACCUCACUCCCUUUUCCAGCUCAUUGACCAGAACACCCUCCAGGUAUGUCAGACGGUGCCCAUGCCAGCCAAUCACCUCCCCAUUGGCAGCACCAUGAGCACUGUGCACCUCUCUUCUGAUGGCACUUACUUCUAUUGGAUCUGGUCUCCUGCUAGCCUGAAUGAGAAAACCCCAAAGGGGCAUUCUGUCUUCAUGGACAUCUUUGAACUUGUGGUUGAAAAUGGGGUAUUUGUAGCCAGCCCGCUUCAGGAACGCACCAUUCUCAUGAGAAAAGAGGGCGAGUCUGCUAAAAGCAUCAAUGAGAUGCUUCUGAGUAGACUCUCUCGGUACAGAGCUUCCCCAUCAGCGACACUUGCUGCCCUGACUGGCUCCACCAUCUCCAACACCCUGAAAGAGGACCAGGCAGCAAAUACUAGCUGUGGACUUCCUCUAAAAAUGCUCCGGAAGACGCCCAUCUACACCUGUGGCACAUACCUGGUAAUGCUGGUCCCCCCUCCAGGAGGGUCAGGCAGCUCUGCCACACGCUCUCUUUUUGGUGGAACAAGUGGUUUGUCAUCUUUAAAAAUCCUGGCCUCCAGCCUGGUGUACAACAUCUCUGAUGGUCAGUUCACAAGCCGUGCAGAUCUCAUGGAUGCAGCUGGAAGCUCCCUGGGGCGUGGUGCUCUGGUACCAGGAUUGGGCGCCUGUUACGACACAGUGAACAACAUGCUAUGGACGUGCUCAAAUGACUACAUUGAUCAGUGGUGCAACCCUGGGAAUCAAGCCUUCCAUUAUGUGUGCCAGAGACUGGGAGUCAGCCACAUCAUCACGGAGCCCAAAGAAGAGGCUAUAACCACGAAUGAGGUUAUAAACCAGUUGUUGCACCAUGUUGGUGCAAUGUGCAUACACCAGCUCAAUCUUCUGGCCACCAACCCCAACCUUCCCAUCACAAGCGUCCUGGGCAAGCAGCACCCAAUUGAAGCACACCAUCUGAGCAGCAUUUGUGACAUCAUGGAAAAGGCCAUGGUUAAUGGAGACACCUGCAUCAUACGCUGCGUUCUCGUUGUCUUUCAGGUGGUGUUUAAGUUUUUCUUCAGCCCACAAACUGAAAGGAACCGAGACAUCAUUCGUCGGUCGGGAUUGCUGCUUUGGCAGUUAUUGAUGGCACCAAAAGAUCAAAUCUGCCUUGAAAUUCAGAAGGAGGUCUGUCUUGCCAUCAGCUCUGGCUUAAAUAUCUUGUACCCAGGUGAAACGGAAAUCAAUAACUUACUUAAGUUGGUCUUAACAGAAGGAGAGAGAAACAGUGGACUCUCCCAGCUGCGAGAUGUGAUCCUCACCAAUUUAGCUGAACAGCUUCAGAACAACCGAUUCGGCAGUGAUGAGGACGAUCAUUACAGACUAAAUGAUGAACUUUUACACUACAUUCUGAAGAUUGUUGUACGAGAAUCCUGUAUCUUAAUCACCAAGUGCCAAACUGUCUCUAAAGAGGAUUUUCAGAAACUCCUUUCAACUGUGCCUGCCGCAUCCUCCUGCCUGCGCUAUCUGAUGGCCGUUCAGAACCACCUUCUCAGUAACACUAUUUUGAUUAAACCCGAUGACAAUGAUGACAGUGACAGCUCCUUGCAGGGAGAGACAUUGAAGGUACAGGAGCUCAAGGUCAGUAUUUUGGCUCUUGCCACCCAAAUCCUGACUGGAUGUGAUGAAGUACUGGAAAUGCUGCAGCAGGUCACCACUGCCCUCAUAAACAGUGACAUAGCAGACCGCGAGCAGAGGUUAAAAGGCUUGGAACAAGUUACCAAAGCCACGAUGUUGGGUCACCUCCUCCCGGUGCUACUGACCUCUCUGAUGCACCCCAAUCUGCAGACCCUCACCAUGGCCGACGCGUUGAUGCCUCAGCUCGUGCAGCUGGUGCUCUACACCAGCCAGACGGCUUUGCUGCUUAAAACCCAGUGUCCAGUUUUUGCCGAAAUGGGCUGUUCCCCAUGUGGCACAUCAGACCAGAAGUGCAGGCUGUUCCCCGAUGAGAGAAUGCUAGAAGAGAAGGAAGAGCCAGGCUUUCUCACUGGCUUAAAGAUUCCUGCCCCCUGGGCUGCUGGGAAGACUGUGGAAACAGUUCAUCCUGUCAGAGACAACUAUAAGUUUAAAGAAACAGUCCACAUCCCAGGAGCUCGCUGCCUGUAUCUGAGAUUUGAUAGCAGAUGCUCUUCGCAGUACGACUAUGACAAAUUGGUGAUAUGCGCGGGGCCUAACACAAACAGUAGGAAGGUUGCUGAAUAUGGAGGCAACACUCUGGGAUAUGGCAGCCGUAGUGUCUUAGGAACUGGUUGGCCGAAGGACUUGGUGAAGGUGGAAGGCGAUACAGUCACCUUCUCCUUUGAAAUGAGAAGUGGCCGUGAACACAACACACCUGACAAAGCUAUGUGGGGCUUUGCUUGCACAGUCCGCGCUCAGGAGUCCUCGGAGGAUGUCUCAGGAGGAUUGCCCUUCCUGGUUGACCUGGCUUUAGGUCUGUCUGUGUUAGCUUGUUCCAUGUUAAGAAUCCUGUACAAUGGACCAGAAAUUACCAAAGAAGAAGAAGCCUGUCAGGAGCUAUUGCGGUCCAAACUUUUACAAAGAUGCCAAUGGCAGGUGGAGGCCAACGGUGUCAUCUCCCCUGCCCUUACUCCCAGCCCCUCUCCACUGCCUCUGACCAUAGAGGAAGACAGAGAAUUCACCUACCCAUCAGAUGUCCUCGUGCCUCCUGUUGGGAACUACUUCGAGCUCCCCCGGAUCAGGCUGCCUCCUGGAAUCAUGAUAAAGCUCAGGGAAAUUUCUGGGCGUGCUAGGCCUCAGUUUAGGCCAAGUAUAAAAGAAGUGAUUCAGCCUGACGUGAUGGAGGAGAUGGUGGUGUCAUGUGUCAUUAAGCAUUUGAAUUUGGUCGAUGCACUACAGUCUCUAAUAAAUUUCCAAUAUCAAGAAGAACAUGCAGAAGAGUACGACGUAUUGUGUAAAAUUAUGGGAGAGACCUUUAAGAAACUCAGUGCCAUGGAGCGACACCUGCAGAGUGUUGCAGAACUGGAACAGAAGUGGCAAAGUGAGGUUGAUGAUGCCAUGCAGGGAAAACUGGAAAACAACAUGCCUUUCUUUUAUGAUUACCACUUCAAUGAGAACAAAAUGAAAGAACUAGAACUUUUGUGUUCAAUGAAGGAGGUCUCCUUUGAUGGAAAUGAUCUUGAAAACAUGGUCCUAUCACUGAGGGAGAAGUUCCUACAGGAAGUGAACUCUCUUAUUCAGAAACCCUCACACCCACUGGCUAAGACGAAGACACUGGUGAAGAGUCUCAUGAACCGGGCCGAGCUGCUGCUGCAUGUCACCAUUGCAGCCCAGUCUGGCCUCACCAGGAGCAUCUCGGGGACCCCUGCAGAGACGCCGGCUUGUAAAUCUGCGUCUGAAACAAAGGUGAUAUCUCAUGCUGUCCGCCAGCCAGUUUUUCUUCGCAGCAUGUCAGCUCCUUCUGACCUAGAAAUGAUUGGUAAUGAAGAUUUGGAAUUUACAAGAGCGAAUCAGAGGCGGCGUCAUGUGACCAGCCACCGCAGCAGCUCCUUUACCCUCCUGCAGUCACUGGCCAUUGAGGACAGCAGGGACAAGCCCACCUACAGUGUCCUGCUGGGACAGCUGUUUGCUUUUAUUGGCACCAACCCUGACCAAGCUGUGUCCAGCAGCAGCUUUCUUUUGGCUGCACAGACAAGGUGGCGGCGGGGAAACACACGCAAACAGGCUGUGCACAUGCGGGAGCUGCUGACAGCCGCUGUGCGCGUUGGAGGAGUGACGCAUCUGGUGGGUCCGGUGACCAUGGUCCUUCAGGGAGGACCCAGAAUCGAAGAGCUCACCUGUGGUGGGAUGGUCGAGCAGGUCCAAGAAGCUUUCGGGGAGACCAUGACUUCUGUGGUGUCUCUGUGUGCUCGGUACCCUAUCGCGUGUGCAAACAGCAUUGGACUCUUAUGCACCAUACCCUAUACCAGGAGCGAAGAGAAAUGCCUGGUCCGCAGUGGCCUUGUGCAGCUCAUGGACCGACUGUGCAGCCUGAGCAGUCAGACUGAGUCCAGCUCCAGUGAGAAGCAGACCAAGAAGCAGAAGGUGGCCACCAUGGCCUGGGCUGCCUUCCAGGUGCUGGCCAACCGCUGUGUGGAGUGGGAGAAAGAGGAAGGUGGCUCCACAGAGGCUGUGCACUCAGGGCUGGCCCGUCAGGUGUCCAGCCUCCUCACCAACCAUCUUGCCCGAGCAACUGAGUGCUGUGGCAACCAAGCUGCUGGGAACGACGCUCUGCAGGAUGUCCUGAGUCUUCUCAAUGACCUCUCGAGGAGCCACAUAGGGAAAGCCAUCCUGAGUCAGCCAGCGUGUGUGUCCAAACUCCUGUCUCUGCUGCUGGACCAGCGCCCAUCCCCAAAGCUGGUCCUGAUCAUUCUUCAGUUGUGCCGGGCAGCGCUGCCACUGAUGAGCGUGGAGGACUGUGGGAAUGUGGAGCUUCCACCCUGGAGCUACUCUGUCCCCUCCCUGAAUAGUGAGCAGGAGGAUCCCAGUGACCCAGCUUCCAAGAUCGCCUCCCUGCUGUUGGCCAAGCUGGCAGAUUAUGUGGUUCCAGGAUGUCAGACAGUUCUUUCUCCUACUGCUUCUGAACCUGACACCACAUUGACAAAAAGCAGUCCCAAGAAUUCCUUAAAAGGAGAUAAAGAUCCCGGAGAAGAGAGUGAAGCAGUGGAUGGCAAGCUCUCCAUAUUUAUCCACAAGCGGGAAGACCAGUCCUCCCAUGAAGUCCUCCAGCCAUUACUCAGUAGCUCAGAAGGGCGGCCCUUCCGGCUUGGUACUGGUGCCAACAUGGAGAAGGUUGUGAAGAUGGACCGAGACAUGACAAAGGGAGGCUGUUGUGAAGUGAUUACAGAAGAGGCCUCAGCUGCCCUGCGGAAAGCAACCAAGUGGGCACAGUCAGGUCUCAUCGUCAGCAUUGGGCCACCAGUGGAAUCCAUCAACCCCGAGACAGUGAGUGGACUGUCCACAGGCGACAAAAAGAAAACCGCCCAAACCUCCAUCUGCCGAGAGCGGAACUCUGAACUUGCCAGGACUGAUCCCGUCCGGCCCUUCAUCAGCGGGCACGUGGCCAACAGCAUGGCUGCAGAAGUGAUCGCCCUGCUGCACAGCUUGCUGAUGGCACCCGAGUCAAACGCUGCUCAGAUAUGGACCACAACGGCAGAGAAGGUUCUGUCUCGUGCGCUGAUGUACAUUCCGCAGCUGGGGAAAUACGCAGAAAGCAUUCUGGAAAAUGGCAGCAGCAGUGGCAGAAAACUCGCUAGACUUCAGAGAAUCGCACGCCAGGCUGUUGCUGCACUGUGUGCGCUUGGGGGCUUCAAAGAGACAAUCAAGAUAGGAUCUGAGGUUCAGGUUCUAGGUAGAGGAAUUUCAGGAAGCAUCGGAGUUGUGGCUUCCAUCAAUGAGCAGGAAGGGAUAGCUACAGUCAGAUUCCCUCCCAUAGACUGUCGAAAGACCUCGCAAGCAUCAGACACAUUGACGAUUCCCCUGUCUAGACUUUGCGUUCCAAGGUCAGAGGCACUGCCUCUCCACAAGCUGUCCAUCACAGAGAAGGUGGUGCAGGCAGUGCAGUCCAUGCUGCUCCCUCAAGAGGGAAGUCUCUCUAUUCACACGUCACUUCCUGCAACAGGAGAUGGGGCAGCACCAGUGAUGGCAGUCGUGCGGCUCCUGGCUGAAAUCAGAACAAGAGCCUGCCUGGUCAUGGCCCAACUUUUAGAAGACAGCUUGUUCUGUGAAGAAUUCAUACAGCAGUGUCCAGCAGCCGUGGAAGUCCUUAACCUCGUGGCCCAGGAAUGCAGUGCUGGAGAGCGACUUGCAGUUGUGGAGGUGCAGUGUGAGCGCCUGAGGAUGCUGUACCGGGACUGUGCUCGGCCCCCACCACCUCCCCUGCAGGCUGACCGGAGACAGCCUAAGGAGAUCACUUGGAGCCCCUCAAGAGUGUUCCCUCCAGUGCGUGCCUGCAUGUUCUCGUCGCACCUGACCUCUGUCACCUUUCUGGCCGACCCCAGUGCUGGGGGAGGUCUGCCCCGGGGCACUUUUAUCUAUGCUACCUCGCCUCUGCCAGUUCAGGCCCCAUCUUUUUACUGGGAAAUUGAAAUUGUUUCCUAUGGAGAUACUGAUGACGAUACCGGACCAAUAGUUUCCUUUGGCUUUGCUACAGAAGCAGAGAAACGAGAUGGGGCAUGGACCAAUCCAGUGGGUACUUGCCUUUUCCACAACAAUGGCCGAGCUGUGCACUACAAUGGCUCCAGUCUGCUGCAGUGGAAGAGUGUUCGCCUAGAUGUUGCUCUUUCUCCUGGUGAUGUGGCAGGAAUCGGCUGGGAGAGGACUGAAGGGACUCCGCCCCCGCCAGGUCAGCCGGCCAAAGGCCGAGUGUACUUUACAUACUGCGGGCAGCGUCUUUCACCAUACCUCGAAGACGUCUCUGGUGGGAUGUGGCCUGUGGUUCACAUUCAGAAAAAGAACACCAAAACUCGAGCCAACUUUGGCUCCCGCCCGUUUGCCUAUGCUGAAGGGCAGGCCCACCGCAAUGCCGCUGACCUGUGCACCGACCUGGCGGAGGAGAUCAGUGCUAACUUCGAGGCCCUGCCCUUUGCUAUGGCAUCUGACAGUGACAAUGACGCUGGCACCAGUAUUGCAUCAGACCCAGGCACUCACGGGCCACCAUGUCGGAUUGCUGCCGUGGCUACCGCACAGCAACAAUAUGAUAGUGACACCUCCUGUCACUAUAAAGUCGAGCUCAGUUAUGAGAAUUUUAUCACCUCUGGCCCAGACCCUCACCCACCUCCCAUUGCCGAUGAUGAAAGUGAUGAUGACGACGACGAUGACAUCCCACAGGAGGACCAUUAUGCCCUGCUGGUGAAAGCGUGGGAGACCAAGGUAUUCCCCACCAUCCGAAGACGCUUCCGCAAUGAAGCAGAGCGGAAAUCAGGCCUGGACCAGAUCAAGGGUGCUCUACAACUAGGCAUGGUGGAUAUCGCCCGGCAGACCGUGGAAUUUCUCUAUGAGGAGAACGGUGGCAUCCCAAGAGACCUUUAUCUUCCCACCAUUGAGGACAUUAAAGAUGAAGCCAGCAAGUUCACAAUUGACAAAGUUCGAAAAGGUCUCACUGUAGUGACACGCUCUCCAGACACCAAUAACGUAGCUGGCAGUACUGUUGGAACUGCUCUGCCAAAAUUUGCCAUCCGAGGGAUGCUGAAAACCUUCGGCCUUCAUGGAGUCGUCCUAGAUGUAGAUUCGGUGAAUGAACUGGUACAGGUAGAAACGUACCUCCGGAGUGAAGGUGUCCUGGUGCGAUACUGGUACCCUAUUGAUAUGUUGGAAAGGCCUCCAGCAGGCUACCGAAGGACUGCCACCAAUGGCCUGGUCACACUAGAUAAUACCAACCUUCAAAUUCACAGAGAGCUGCUGCGGUGCGAGGCCUCGCUGGCCCGGCUGUACUGCCGCAUGGCUCUGCUCAGCAUCUUCGCCCCCAAACUGCCUCACCUGUUCACCCGCCUCUUCCACAUCCCCGCCAUCCGGGACAUCACGCUGGAGCACCUGCAGCUCCUGUCCAAUCAACUCCUUGCUCCUCCCCUUCCAGAUGGCACCAUCAGUUCCAGCUCUAUCCUCCUGGCACAGUCUCUGCAGCAUUGCAUCCACUCACAGAACUGCUCCGCCACUGACCUCUUCUACCAGGGCAGCUCCCAGACAGUGAGAGAGUGGCUCAACGUGGCCAUCACCCGCACCCUGCACCAGGGCGAGGAGAGCCUGCUGGAGCUGACAAAGCAGAUCUGCUCCUUCCUGCAGACAGCACCAGAGCAGUUCCCCUCCGAAGAGUUCCCCAUUUCGGAGUCCAAAGUCAACGUGGCUGUUAACUUCCCCGGAGCAGCUUUCGUUGUGGUGUCUUGCAAAGAGAGUCAGUCUGGAUUCCGCAAAGACUCCUCUCUGUACAAGGCGCCAUGGGCACGUGUGCUCGUGUAUGGGCUCGGCCACAAAGUGAAGAGAACCGGCCAGCUUAACCUCAUCGAGGCCGCCUGUUACCCACGGGACGCAUCCCCAGCCAACACUGGGCUCGCACCUCCACCCACCGCCGACCAGUACCCUUCUGUGGUCCUCUCCACAGACAGGGUCCACAUCAAACUGGGAGUGUCUCCACCUCCGGGAGCCGUGUUGGUGUUACAUUCUCUGCCUCUGGAGUUCCCGCUGGCUAUGGCCUUCGCAGAGCAACUGCUGUCCUGGAAAUCGGAGGAUGGCGAGGGGAAGUCGGAAGAUGAGCCUGACGCCAUCCCCACGUCAGUCCUCUUGCACGUGGUGGAGCUGCUAGGAAACUUCUUGUGGACCACAGACAUGGCUGCCUGCGUGAAGGAGCUGGUCUUCCACCUCCUGGCCGAGCUCCUGCGCACAGUACACGCCCUGGAACAGCAGAAGCACCCGGCCGGCCUGUCCUCCUCCAUCGCCCUCCAGCUGAACCCCUGCCUGGCCAUGCUGAUGGCCUUGCAAUCAGAGCUGCACAAGCUGUAUGAUGAGGAGACACAGGGCUGGGUCUCUGGCAGCACCUGUGGGGGCUCUGGGGCUGUGGCUUCCGGUGAGCACGGCAGGUUCUCCACGUAUUUCCACGCACUCAUGGAAGGGUGCUUGGCAGUUGCCGAAGUGACCCUACCCACUAACAUGAGUGUCACUGCCAGUGGGGUGACCUCAACCACCACCCCAAACCUCAGUGACUCGUCCUCCUCCUCCUCGUCCUCCCCAGGACAGACCCCGCAGAGCCCUAGCCUCCUAUCCAAGAGGAAGAAGGUGAAGAUGAAGCGGGAGAAGUCCUCCUCUGGGAAGCGCCAGUCUUCCCGCACCGGGGACUCUGACACUGCUGUGCUCAGUAUUGGGGGUGGCAAGCCUGAGGACAUGCUGUGGUUCCACCGUGCCCUCACCCUGCUCAUCAUCCUCCGCCACCUCACCAGGAAGGACCCGCAGGGCCUGGGCGUGACAAGUGACGCCAUUGCUGAUGCCUGCCAGGCCCUAGUGGGCCCCACUGCCCACAGCCGCCUGCUGGUCAUCUCCGGCAUCCCCACCCACCUGGACGAGGCCAUUGUCAGAGGUGCUAUCCGAAAGGCCUGCAAUGCCCAUGGAGGGGUCUUCAAAGACGAAAUCUACAUUCCACUGCAGGAAGAAGACCCCAAGAAGCCAAAAGACAAGGCCGAGGGUGGCGACAGCAAAGUGGAGCCAGAGAAGUCGCUCGGCUUCCCCAGUGCAGACAGCUUGGAAGGGAGCACAUCCAGUAGCCUGGCCCCCGCCAUGAGCAUCAGCGCCUCCGCCUCCACUAGCCAGGCCUCAGUCUGCAGUUCUCAAGGAGUCUCACAGACCGUCAGUGACCUCUCAGUGGACCCACUGCCUCUAGGCCUCGAGCUGCCUGUCCCUCCUGGCGUACUGGAGCCUCAAGUGGUGUCCAGUCAGGAGAGCCUGGACAUUUCCCUAUGCAGCACUGGCAGCCUGGGCAGCCUGGGCAGCCUGGGGGAGCCCCUGGACAACGCAGAGACAGCCUCGGUGUCGGAUGUGGGUGCCAUGUACACAGUCACCUCCCUGGAUACCCAGCCCCUCGUGGUGCGCCCCAUCAAAGGCUUUGCGGUCGUGGAGAUAAGAUCCCGAGCCAAAAUUGAGAAAAUUCGGGCAAGCUUGUUUAAUAAUAAUGAUUUGAUUGGCUUAUCAAGUUUGGAUGGCGAGGACGAGCUGAUGGAGAUGUCCACAGAGGAGAUUUUGACUGUCUCCGUGGUGAAUCAGAGUCUGUUCGACACGCAAGGGAGCCCCGGGCUGGAGGACUACUUUAAUGACAAGUCCAUUAAAGGUGAGAAGCUGGUACCUGGAGCCAGAGAGGUCCUGACGGAAAUAUUCAAGAGCUGUGCCCAUUCAGAGCAGACCCUGAGCCUGACACCAGCAAAGCCCAUCAGGGUCUCUGACAUAUAUCUCAGCAAAGAGCAGAUCAACUCCCAGACCCCAGGCAACCUCCUCCACCUCUUCUUCACCAAUGUCCGGCCUCCCAAGAAGGUGCUGGAGGACCAACUCACACAGAUCCUGAGGAAAUAUGGUGUGCCAAAGCCCAAGUUUGACAAGAGCAAGUACAGCAAAACUGGGAAGGAGCAACACCCCAUGAAGGUGGUGAGCACCAAGCGGCCCAUCACCAAACCACCUGCUAAGGACAAAGCCGUGCUCAACAGUGUCAGCAGGACUGCCUUAAGUGAGAAGAAGCCAACUGUGAAGGUCAAAUCCCCUGAAAAGAGCAAACCAGAUGAAAAGGACCCAGAAAAGUCACCUACCAAAAAGCAAGAAGUUCCCGAGGAGAAGUACCUGACUUUGGAAGGGUUCCACAAAUUCGUCAUUGACCGAGCCAAGCAAGACAUCCGGAGCGUCUGGAGGGCGAUUUUAUCCUGUGGCUAUGACCUUCACUUUGAGAGGUGCGCCUGCAUUGAUGUCCGACAUGCACAGAAGGCCUCCAGGAAGUGGACCCUGGAGAUGGAUGUGGCACUUGUGCAGUACAUCAACCGGCUGUGCCGCCACCUGGCCAUCACACCAGCGCGGCUCCAUCCCCACGAGGUGUACCUGGAUGCUGCAGACGCCACUGACCCCCGGGUGGCCUGUCUCUCGAGCGUGCCUAUCGAGAGUCUGCGCCUGCGUUUUGCCCUUCUGCAGUCACUUAACACCACACUGGAGACUUUCUUCCUGCCCCUGGUGGAGCUGCGGCAGACGCCCGUGUACACCCACAGCAUCGCUGCCUUGCUGAAGGAGGCCAAAGGGCUGAUCUUUUAUGACACGAAGGUGACGGUGAUGAAUCGGGUUCUGAAUGUCACUGUGCAGAGGACAGCUGACCACGCAGCACCUGAGAUCACCUUGGACCCGCUGGAGAUUGUGGGAGGAGAAAUCCGAACCUCUGAGAACUCCUACUUCUGCCAGGCUGCCAGGCAGCUGGCCUCUGUGCCGUCUUCUCAGCUCUGUGUCAAGCUGGCCAGCGGCGGUGACCCCACCUAUGCCUUUAACAUCCGCUUCACCGGGGAGGAGGUCCACGGCACCAGUGGCUCUUUCCGCCACUUCCUGUGGCAGGUGUGUAAAGAGCUUCAGAGCUCCUCCCUGUCGCUGCUCCUGCUGUGCCCCAGCUCGGCUGUCAACAAGAACAAGGGUAAGUACAUCCUGACGCCGAGCCCCAUCACCUAUGGAGAGGAGCAACUGCUGCACUUCCUGGGCCAGCUGCUGGGGAUCGCCAUGCGAGCCGACGUGCCUCUUCCGCUGGACCUCCUGCCGUCCUUCUGGAAGACACUGGUGGGCGAGCCCCUCGACCCCGACCAGGACCUGCAGGAAGCAGACAUCCUCACCUACAACUACGUCAAGAAGUUUGAGAGUAUCAGCGACGAGACUGAGCUGGAGGCCCUGUGUGCCGAGAUCGCCUCCCAGCACCUGGCCACCGAGAGCCCCGACGGUCCCAACAAGCCCUGCUGCAGGUUCACCUACUUGACCAUGACGGGCGAGGAGGUGGAGCUGUGCAGCCACGGCCGGCACAUCCCCGUGGCGUGGGAGAACAAGGACAUGUACGCAGCAGCCAUCCGGAGCCUGCGGCUGCGUGAGCUGCAGAACGCAGAGUGCGUGACAGCCGUGCGGGCCGGCCUGGGCUCCAUCAUCCCCCUGCAGCUGCUUACCACCCUCAGCCCACUGGAGAUGGAGCUGCGGACCUGUGGCCUCCCCUACAUCAACCUCGAGUUCCUGAAGGCCCACACCAUGUACCAGGUGGGGCUGAUGGAGACGGACCAGCACAUCGAGUUCUUCUGGGGAGCUCUGGAGACAUUCACACAGGAGGAGCUCUGCAAGUUCAUCAAGUUCGCCUGCAACCAGGAGCGGAUCCCAUUCACCUGCCCCUGCAAGGACGGCGGCCCCGACACAGCCCACGUGCCCCCGUACCCGAUGAAGAUCGCCCCUCCGGACGGCACGGCAGGUUCCCCAGACUCUCGCUAUAUCCGCGUGGAGACGUGCAUGUUCAUGGUCAAGCUCCCCCAGUACUCCUCUCUGGAAAUCAUGCUGGAAAAACUGCGCUGUGCCAUUCACUACCGCGAAGAUCCCCUCAGUGGCUGAUGGGAAAGAGCCUCCAGAAUUAGGCUGUCACCAAGGCACCGUGAUGCCAGCUGGGGAAGCCUGCCACUGCAGGCACGUCCCUCCAGAGCCCUGUGUGAGGAGUUGGUGACCUUUUGCUUUUCCGAACUUUCGUCCACAUUCCAGGGCCUCCUGGAAGACUUAGCCUUUUGUAUUUGUCCGUUUCGUGAUGGGUGGGUUCUUUUGCUGCUGUUUGUGGUGUAUCUGUAUGAUAGUUUAGUUCCCAGUUUGUGUCUAAUUUGAUCUUCCUGGACGUUGUCCCUCAUGGCUACCACAUUCUGAUGCCAUAAGGCCCCAGCUGAUUCCUCAUCACAGAACCACCCAGCAGGAAGCUGGAGUUGAGAUGACCUGUCACUCAAAGCGUCCUGUUCUUUCUGCAAAUCGUCUCCACAAACACACUCAUGGCCAGUCCUGUCCUCUGCCUCGCACUGGCGUCUCCCAGAGGCAGCUCCUGCAGGCCUCCUUCCAUCCUGAGACAGCAGGGCCAGUGCCCAAACCCACAACAGACACACAGGGAGCUUUGUUAGUCUGUUUUAGAAUUUGUUCCCAGCCUUGGUUUUUCUGAGGAAAAGCCCACAGUGGUUCCCCUCCCACAGCCAUACCUGCCACCUGUUUCUUCUGGGCCCCCGGGGUGACAAUUUCCCCAGGACUCCUGGGAGCAGAGACCUGAACUAAGGCUCCAGGCCUUAAGUUCAUAUGCAGGCUCGGUGCAUCCGACUGCAGGCGCUGAGAGGACACCCGGAGCUGCAAGGACAGUGCAGGUGGGGCCUUUUCCAAAACUGUUUAACAGGAAAGCACAUGAUUCAAGCCUACCCCACUUCCGUGCUCAGAAAUGGCCCUUCCUCAUGCCACGGCAAUGAGGAAAAGAGGAAAGGGCUACAUGCCUGUUUUUUAAAGACUGUCCGAGGUGCUCUGCCUAAUCCAGGGUCUGCUUCAGUGACUCAGACCUUCAAGUUCAGAUGGAGACUCCAAGGGGUCCCUCUGUUCCCCAGCUGGCCUACCCAGCACCCCUCACACCCCAGUAAGUGUGUGUGCCAGGGCUGAGCUGCCUGCAGUUUCACCCACUGCCCCAGCACGUCUGUGCCCCAAAUACGUCUUUGUCCACUGGUACUUUGUUCAGGAGCAGCACGUGCCACCUUGUUGGACGCUGUCAUUUUGGGCCUUGCCUGUUCUCAGAGUGGCAGUGCUGUAGUUACUGUAUGAUAUUGCGCACACAAGGUCCUGAGUGAGUGCUGUCUGGAAGUCUGAGGAAGAGGGUGCCACCAUUCCUCCGUUCUGCAGUGGCCUCGGUUGUUGGAAGGCAUGUGAGCUUUUUUAGCACUGUCAGCAUCCAUCUCCUCCCUGUUCUGCUUAGGCAAAGCAUUAAGAACCAUUACAGAAAAGAGCCCCAACCCGAGGACGAGGUAAACUUAGGUUCGCUGGUGACGGCUGCAUCAGUCGCAUGGGAUGUGCCUGCAUCCCAUGGAGGUGAGUGCCUGCAGGUCCCCUCCUCUGAAAAAAGAUGGCUGCCACAGCCCCUGUGAUGGGGGCAGAGGUCACAUGAGGAAUGUGCUCCUGAUGAGGAGCCUCUUAUUUCGUUUCUGCAUAAUGAAAGAGCCUUUGAAUUUACUACAAGUGGUUUUUCCUCCAUCUUCCAAUUGUUUGGUUCCCCCCAGUCAUCUCGAGUGGACUUGGUUUCUGCCAGCAACCGCCCCAAGAGGGGUUCCGGAAGCUUCUUUGGCCAUCACUUGAUUAGGCAACAGCUGUGAGUGAGAUCGCUGCUGCUAACUCAGCUGCGUCUCCCAGAGAGCACACUGAGGUCCAGACAGACCCAAACCUUGGCCCUAAACAUUGUGUGCUGUACAGUUACUUGAUGUAUAUUUAUUAUAAUUAUUUAUGGUUGCAUUUAAUCCGAUGCUGUUUACACUAGGCUGUGUAAAGGAAGCUCACUACAGGAAAAAACGUCACACCAAUAAAUAACCUCCAUCUAGUUCUGACCUUCCCUAAGAGUUUGAUCAUCUACACUUGCUAAGCAAGGUCGAGCCGGCGCUGCCUGGAUGGCGCUGAUACUUGAGUGCCUCCAGGUGACUAGGAAUUAAAGCGUUUCUAAUUAUUAUGGUCUCUUUGCACUGGACGUGAUUCUUACUCCACUAUACUCACAAACUGCCCAAUCUCUUAAGUCUGUACUUAAGGUACGACUGAAGAGGUGGGGAGCCGGGUCAAAGCUAAACCUAACCCUGCAUGUCCUGCCCGCCAGUUACUCUUGUGCCUAGGGUGGGGGUUUUCCAUGGAGAAUGCUACCACAGUCCUCCAAGAACAGACCAAACGUCUAGCUCUGCCCUGGUUGUGCAGAAGGGCAGUGCAGGGAAGAGGUGAACCUUUUUCUUGCACACCCACCCCCUGCCUCCAUUUCAGUACUAGAACCCAGCUCAGUUCUACUUGCUUGUCCCCUCUUACUGCUCCAUGGUAGUCCUCACCCAGACCAUUCCAUGCUUCAUUUACGCACUCCACCCUCCUUGUACUUAAUAAACACUACUUUUAGUGGGAGCAUCCCAAAUGCAUCUUUACUGUAAGAAAAGCAGACUCUUAAAUGUGGAGCAAGCAGCUUUUCUCCCUGAUCCUCACUGCUGCCUCACAGUGCUGGAAACAGGGACUGGAAGCAGCCACUCACAGCAAACAGAAGGCCUCUGUUUCAACUUGAGACUCUCGGAAAUGAAGGCCUAAGCUCUCUGCCCAGCUAAGCACAGCAAGGAUUCCCCUGUUCUCCAGCGCUCAGGCUGUCUCCUGGGAUGCUUCUUGAAAAAUAAGUAUAUUUGAAAAAUCUACCACCCAAUAACGGAAGACAGCUAGCAUCAGAUUAAAAUCACCCUGAGGUUUCAGAUAAACAUGUGACCCAUCAGAAUCCCCAGGUCUUUGGGCAGUGUAGCUGGCAACUAUUUUUGGCGCCAUCUACUCCAUUGUUCUCCACCCAUCAACUCUGCUGGGUGUAAAACCAGCAGAAACGCAUACACACACUUAGCAGCACCCAAAGUCACAGCCAAACCGUGCACCAGGUGAAGGCCAUCUACAGUGGAGUAGGAAAUCACACUGCACAAAGCAACAAGCAACUGCUACAAGCAACAUGGCUGAGUCAGACGCAUAACGAGCAGCAAAAGCCAGUGCUAGCCAGGCGCUGGUGUCUCAUGCCUGUAGUCCUCGAUACUUGGGAAGCUAAAAUCAGAAGGAUCACAGUUCAAGGCCAGCCUGGGUAAACAGU